UCAAACUCCAAUACGGGUUUAAACACCACAUUAUCGGUCGAAACCGAUCACCGGAAACACCCCAUCUCUCUGGUCUCUUCUCCUCAAACCCUAUCCACCGACUCCAUUCCUCCCCUCCAUUAGACAUCAUCGUUUCUGUUCGCCAUCGACCAUCUGUUGCUGCUCCACCUUGCGUCCAGAUCUGCACGCUCUAACUGGCCUGUGAUUGACUUUGCUUAUCCUGUGCUUGAUCAUUGUAUAUAGUUAGAUACAUUAUAUAAGCCAGCCGAACGAUAUGGAUAGAUCUUCCAAAAUGGCUCUUGGGUGGCUGAAACAGCGUAAAGGAAGGAUUCACGGAGUAUCUUGUAGAGGCAAUCGAAUCAGCUUUGGCAAAUUUGCUCUUCAGGCACUUGAACCAGGGCUGAUCUCAUCCAGACAAAUAGAAGCAGGGCGGCGAGCAAUUACCCGAAAUUUGCAGCGGAGCGGAAAAAUAUGGACUCGAGUUUUUGCAGACAAGCCGGUAACAGCAAGACCCGCGGAAACACGCAUGGGUAGAGGGAAAGGAGCCACCAAAUAUUGGGCAGCUGUGGUCAAACCGGGGAGAAUACUUUAUGAAAUUGGCGGAGCAGUAGAAAAUAUAGCCAGAAAGGCAAUUUCAGUGGCCGCAUCGAAAAUGCCCGUACGAACAAAAUUCAUCACUGGCUCUAGUACACCUUCGAAGGGAGAAAAUUAGUUUUCCCUUAUCAGAAAGGAUAAUGGUGAUUGCAGGGAUCAUCCUUCUAAAUGCUGAGCAUGCAGAAUCAGCUUUGUUUUUGUGCCUAAAAGCUUCAUUAUGAGAAUACUUUUGAAUUUUGUAUUUGAAUCAAUCUCUAGAUUCAUGGCGCAUUGCACUUUUUGUGGAAUUAGUCUUGCUAAGCAAUCCAUGAGUGGAAUAAAUUUUUUUAGCAUGAAUA